UCAGGAGGGAGUGCACCUCGCGCAUGAAUCAGGGCAGAUUAACGGAACAUCUGCCGCUUAUUCAGAGACACGAGCAUGAGCUACAAUCCAAAAAAACCUCUGACUGCAUAAUCGCCUCUGUGCUCUGUGGGAAAUGCGUUCUGAGAGUUUGUCGGUAACUGCACUGAGUGUUCCAGCAGUGCAUACCAUCUAUAUAAAGAACCUUCAUCAUGCUCUAUAAGGUAUUCUGACAUUUAAACGCUCUAGGGGUGUGUAAGUAAGCAGCGCAAACGUUUGCGUGCUUUCUCACAUUUUGCAUCCUGGUAGAUGUCCACAAAUAUAAUAACUAAUUAUCUAAACCUAAUUUAGUGACCUAAUUAUCUGCUUAAUUAUUUGAUUUGCACUGUGAUGUCCAUAUUUAAUAGUGUGCAGUGUCAUCUGCGCUUGAGCCAUGUGUGUACUGUUUAACACUAAGAUUGCCUUGGGUUUAAACACAUUGCCUGCCUGUUUGACGAAACUCGACCCCAGCGCUGGAAUCCUGCAUAGCCGGUUCAGCACCUUUCUCCACUUUUACCAAGGGUUUUAUCACUUGGUUAAGAUGGUUGUUUACUUUUCAGUCCUGUGAGAUUACAUAUUACACAAAACUCAUCCAUCUUCCAAUCAUAUAUUCCGGUUAGGGUCACAGAGGGGCUGAAGUGUGUAUCCACAGGUACGAGGCAUGGGACAGGGGUACAUACUGGAUAGGAUGCAGGGGACACACACGCAAUCAUAACACCAUUGACAGCUUAGAUAUGCCAAGUAGCCUAACUGCAUGUCUUUGGAAUUCAGUUGCAAUCCCAUGUGACACAGAAGAGAGGUGUUAUUUAAAGCUCCACCACCGGAUGUGUGCAGUGACUGAUACCUAAUGAGACACUACGCUACCCACACAAGAAAUCUAAUAAUAAUGAACAGGAGCUCACCGGAUUGCACCAUGACCUCAUGCCUGCAAGAGUAUGCUUGUCCUCCCUGAGCCUGCGAGCAUUUCCAUUGAGUUCUCCAAAUUCCUGCAACCAUCUAUAUGCAUGUAUUAGUAGAGUGUAGACUGGCAUCCAGGGUUUCCCCUGCUUUAGGUCCCAUGCUGCCCAGGUUAAGGAUGGAGUAUAAUAAUGCAUAGAACAUAAAUCUAUUAAAAUCAAAAGCUUUUCACAUAAACAUCAGCACUUCACAGGAUAAUUUUUAUGUAAUCAUAACCAUUCAUUAUUUUGUUACAUCUCUCACUAUGAACCCCUUUUUAGGAAAUAAACAUGAUGAUAUCCAAAGCGGCAACACGCCCAUUUGCUGUCUAUAACUUGUUUAUAUUACAGUCUGUACCUGCUGAGAGCAAAUUACGCUCACGGGUGGACUUCGUAUUUUCGAUAUGCUGCCCCCUAGCGAAGUGAGGCGCCAGAGCAUAUUCCACUACUUACAAUUCCACUAAAUCCCACAUAAUUACAUAAUUUAAACAUUAUUACACGAACAAGAAAAUUAAAUUCAUACUAAGGACUGGCACCCGCAGGGCUGAACCCCAGCAUUCCCGUCCGAUGUUAACAUAAUAUGAUCCGCCUGAACGAUGAGAGUGACUAUGGCAGUGUGGGCGUUUCCACUCAAUUCAAUCUCUGAUUGGUAGAAAUGACGACAUGCUUGCUGAACUUGUUUGUCUAUUGGGUUAGGCAAGUGUCAAUCUCACGCUUUUUCCUCUAUUCGAUUCAGUUGAACGAAUCGCUUCCUGAAGCGAAUCCGCACGUAAGGCUCGCUGGGAGGAUUCGCUCAGGAAGACUCGUCCUUCCCAGGACUCUCAGUCCUGUUUACCCCCCUUUCCGGGGAAUGGCGUCCAGAAAGUGGAGCGCGGUGUGGCUGUAUUACCAAGACGGCAAAGAUGCGAAAAAAGUAGUUUGCCUCAUAUGUUUGGAGACCAUCCAGCAUCAUGGCAACACCAGUAACCUGCGCAGGCAUUUGAGAUUAAAGCACCACGCCGAGUACGCCGACCUAGAGGCAAAGAAAAAAAGAGGCGAAGCAGCCGGAGGGAUCAGGAAGCAGCCCGUACCGGGUGUACAGUGCGGCCAUUACUCAGAGAGCUCAGAUUCUGCAGUAGGGGGAGGAACCACAAUACAGAGAGUACUGAAGAGAGAAGAGUUUAACGAUACAGCCGGCGGGAUUGGUGAUGAAGCCCCAUCUCCCUCCAGUGUGAGCCAGCACCCCAGGGAGUAUAGCGACGUGGAAAGCAGAGUGACGGGACAGAGCCCGGAGCAGCGAGUAGCAGGUCCCACAAUGCACUGCGCUUUGGGGCGGCCAUCUUUGCAAGAGGAAGCUAGCAGGAGCACUGGAGGAAAUGCAGAUGUUAUGAAAGUCAUAACUGUGGGGCAGUCAGAACAGGAGCAGAUAAGGAGGGCGUUGGAGCAGGAGGCACGAGCACUGCAGCGAGAGAGGGAGCUGACAGAGCAACUGAGGAGAGCCCAGGAACAGGAGGCGCGAGCUCUGGAGCAGCAGAGGGAGCUGACAGAGCAAUUGCGGAGGGCCCAGGAGCAGGAGAUGAAGAGAGCAAGAGAGCAGGAGGCCCAGGCUUUCCAGCGAGAGAAGGAGCUGAUGGAGCAGCUGCGCAGGAUUCAGGAGCAGGAGGCGCGUGCUCUGGAGCAACAGAGGGAGAUGAUGGAGCAGCUGAGGAGGGCUCAGGAGCAAGAGAUGAAGAGGGCCAGAGAGCAGGAGGCCCAGGCUCUGGAUCGUGAGAGGCAGGCUAUCGAGCAGCUGAGGAGGGCCCAGGAGCAGGAGGGCCAGGCCAUUGAGCGGGAAAGGGAGGCGCUGGAGCAGCUGCGCAGGGAGCUUGACGGGAGGGAUUCAAGGAGGCAGGAGGAGUUGGGUGUGUGUUCAUCAGAUGGCAAGACAAAAGAUGAAAGGACGAGGAGCAGUAGGAGCAAAACUGGAGGCAAAAGCUCAUUAUAAUAUGUUACAGUGAUGGCGAAUCCUGCAAAAGGUUAGGAAGCUAAUCUUAUAAACUGGGGGGGCGCUGUGGGGCUUGGUGGGUUAGGCCUCCCAGCCUGCGGUUGUUGGUUUGAGCCUCGACAGAAUAGUCACGGCUCCAUUGGGCCCUUGAGCCCACCACAUUCCUCAGGGAUGCUGGAUAAAUGGCUGACCUUCGCUCAGACCCCAAGGGUGUAUAUGCAAGGAGAAGCAUCUGCACUUGUACAUGUUCAUAUGGGAAAUAAAUUAUCAUUUUAUUUCAUUGCUAUUACAAUAGCUGUCAGUGACUAAAUGCUCAUAUAAAAAAAACUACAUGAAAUAAGUACCAGGUUAAAUGAGGAUACAGAUGUGUUCUGAUCCUUGUCUUCUGUAUGUGCCCUGACAUUAUUUAGUGUAAGAUCUCACUUUGGCUGUCUGUACUGCCCUACAUAAACUUGGGGUCUCUAUGUAGGCUGAGGGUCAUCUGGAAAUACUGCUCCAUUCAUGGUUGAAGUGUGACCUUCAGCUGGGUUGUGCUAAUAGCUUUAGAACACAGAUCACAAAACUUCACCCUUGUAGUUUGCUGCAGUCGUCGACAUUUUGCCAUUGCAUAGAGCUCCAACCCAGUCUUCCAAACACUUAUCCUGGCUUUAGUUAUGGGGGUCUGUAUUCUUACCCAGUCAUCACAGGGCACAAAGCUGAAGUUCACCCUGGAUGGGGAGCCAGUCCAUUGCAGGGCACAAGCAAAUACACACUACAGGCAGUACCGAGACAGCGGUUACACACACAGCAGGUUUAAGGAUUUUAUUUGUCAUUGUACUAGUGGAUUAAACAAUGAAGUUUAGUAGCUGCCCUAAUACUGGCAUAAUUAAAUAAAUUCAUAGUUUAGAAACGGGAAUAUACAUAUAUGUGCAAAUUCACUGAGAACUAAUUUCAGUAAAGCUCUUUCUGUACUAAAUCAGGUCUGUAUAUAUUGCACUUUUUGAAGUUUUGAAGUAGCCAUGUAAGGCAUGGUGUACAGUACCAGUCAAAAUCUGGACACCUGAAAAUCAUUUAUUUUUCAAAAAGAUAACCCAAAGCAGGCCUUGAGGUUAUGUAUGUACUCUGUUAUUUUGGGAACAAGGCAGAGAAAUGGUGUGCUGUGACAGAUGACCUAAAUCCCAUAGAGCUGGUUUGGGUUGAGUUGGAUCAAAGAGUAAGAGCGAGGUAGCCAGCAUGUGCCCAGAGUUUGUGGAUUUAGGGCUGUUAGAGAAGCAUUCCAGGUGACCAUAUCUGGAAGAUGGAUGAAAGACGGUUUGCAAUGCUGUCAUCGAUGCAAAAGGGGCCAUUUUGACGAGUCUAAAAUUUGCAAAAAUUUUGAGAUGUUGAACACUUCUCUUGGUCGUUACAAUAUUUGAUAUACAUUACUUCAUUUCCUCAAGGAUUUUUAUUAUAAGGGCAUAAAAUAGCUUAAACAGAAACAAAUGCAUUAAAAGCAGGUGUUUCCAGACUUUCACUGGUGCUGUGUACAGAAUUGAAGGUUUGCAUUGUAGUUUCAUGAAAGUGCAGAAGGGUCAGUCGCUCUCGGCAGCAUCAGGGGCAGAAGCUGUUUCUGAGGUUGGCUGGGAGGGCAUGUAUGCUGGUGUGUCUUUUACCUGAUAUCAAAAGACUGAAUAGAUGUCCUCCGGAGGCAGCGGUCAUCGUAAACGCUCUCAGUGUCUGGCAGCUGAAGUGUUUGACUGUCUUGACUGUGUGUGGAAAGGGCUUUUCAGUCAGUAGCAGAAUAAAUGAAGUAUCUGACUCCGAUGCAUUAUGUCAGGGUGCUCUCGGUGGGCGACUUAUACAGGUUAAACAAGGGUUGUUGUGGCAGAUGCCCCCCCCCCCCCCCGGACCUAAAGGCGCUGCUACUGUCCCUUGCUGAUUAGAGUGGUUCACAGACCAUUAGAGAUCGUCCACGGUAAGUAUUUUGAGAAACUUGAAACUGGCAACUUUAUCUGCUGCGUCCAUUCAUGUGGAUUGGGAGGUGUGGCCCACAUCUGAAUAUCCUAAAGUCCAUUACUAACUCUUUGGUCCUCUUGGUGUUGCGAUCAUGUUACUGCAGGGCACCACUCAGCCAGCUUCUACUCUUCUUGCCUGUAUGCUGUCUCCCUUUCGUUAGACUGCAGUACGGGGAUCUGGAAGUGUAAGGCUACAGCGCUGAUUACUGAGUGACCAUGCCAUUCUCCUUCAUCAUUUACUAUGCUUUUUUACGUGAACAUAUACUUACUCUAGCUUCUAGGUACAGUGAAGAUUAUUAAACCUUUCAUGUAAUAGUUUAAUAUUCUAUUUGCAUAAAUCAGAAAGUUACAUUUUUAGAAAGUAAAGAUUUUUAAAGAUUAUUCUAGUUAAUAUGUAUAUAAUGAUGUGAUGGUGUUUUUUUCUUUAUGACAUAUGAAGACAGCAAUUUAAUAAAAUUCUUGCUAAACAUCGUA